GAGAUGGGAUUCGUCCAUUGGAAAUUUCCAAAUUCAUUUGGUUCUGUCAUAAAUGUCAUUUGCACGUGUAUUUCUUUAUGUUUACUUCCCGCAUUUCGUUAAAAUCUCGCAAUGAAAUUUUCAUAUAAAUUUUCAAAUCUUCUGGGGACAAUUUAUCGGAAUGGUAAUUUGUGUUUCACUCCCGACGGAAACUCUGUUAUUAGUCCUGUCGGAAAUAGAUUGACAAUCUUUGACUUGAAAAACAACACCACAAAAACACUUACCGUAGAAAGCGGUUUUAAUUAUACAUCGAUUGCCUUAUCCCCCAAUGGCAGCCAAUUGAUAGCUGUUAACGAAAAAGGUCAAGCUCAACUCAUAAGUUUGCUCUCAUGUGCCGUCGUUCAUAGACACAAAUUCCAAAACAAAGUGAACCACGUACAAUACAGUCCUGAUGGACUGCACUUUGCCGUAGCCAAAGAAAAUAUAAUCUUUAUAUUCAAAGCUCCUGGUGAGUUGACUGGAGAAUAUAAUCCUUUUGUCCUCGAAAAGCAUCACCUUGCUGCAUAUGAUGACAUUACAUGGAUUGAUUGGUCUUCCGACUCUAGAUUUCUCGCUAUUGGCUGUAGAGAUAACUCUACAAAAAUAAUUGCAAUUAGAAAGUUGAAUAACUUUCGAACAACUAUUCUUGGAGGCCAUACAGAACCCAUUGUUGGAUGUUUCUUUGAUCACGGUUGUCUCGAUUUAAACACAUUAAGUAGAAAUGGCCAGUUAUGUAUAUGGAAAUGCAGCUUGGGUUAUUCUGAUAUCCAAAUGCCCGAACGCACAGCUAAUCAAGAACCCGAAGAGAAGCGCAUUAAGAAGAAAGGAGGAAAUACUGACGAUGAAUCAGAUGAUGAUUUUGAGAAUGGCAUUGAAGAAAAGAAUGAUGAUGAGAAUAAUCCAAAAGAUGACGAAAACCAGGUUAAAGAUGAUGAUAAAAAGAAAUUACAUCUAUUUUAUUAUAAGAAACUUGGGAGGCACUACCUGGCCGAUGAACCUAAGAAAGAGAAUCGAGAUGCUCAUGUUACAGCGGCAGCGUAUAAUCAAAAAACACACAUUUUGGUUGCCGCAUUUUCAACGGGUAGUUUUUACCUGUACGAACUUCCAGAAGUGAAUAUCAUCCAUUCGCUUAGUAUUUCUGAUUAUGCCAUAUCUUCUGUGUGCUUCAAUCCAACUGGGGAUUGGGUAGCUAUGGCUUCCUCGGGUGUUGGCCAGUUAUUGGUUUGGGAAUGGCAAAGUGAACAAUAUAUUAUGAAGCAACAAGGACACAACAGCGAAAUGAGUUGUAUUACUUACUCUCCGGAUGGACAAUAUAUUGCCACUGGAGGACAAGAUCACAAAGUAAAGCUUUGGAAUACCUCAAAUGGAUUUUGCUUUGUUACAUUUAGUGAGCACACUAGCAGUGUAACUGGAGUUCAGUUUAGCAAAAACAAAAAGUUUUUAGUGAGCAGUUCUUUGGACGGUACUGUUCGAGCUUAUGACAUAAUAAGGUAUCGAAAUUUUCGAACUUUUACCUCCCCGCGUCCUGUUCAGUUUGCCUGCGUAGCUAUAGAUCAUUCUGGAGAAUUAAUUGUAGCUGGUGGGCAAGACGUCUUCGAAAUCUAUCUUUGGUCAGUAAAGUUGGGAAAACUUUUGGAAAUACUAAGCGGACACGAAGGUCCAGUUACAGCAAUAGCAUUUUCUCCAAUCCCCACGGCUUCAACUUUGAUUUCUGGAUCUUGGGAUAAAACAAUAAAAGUAUGGAAUUGCUUGGAAAGUAAUAGUGAUCACGAAACAAUAGAUAUGAUGUCUGAUGUCACAUGUGUUGCAUUCAAACCAAACGGAGAAGAGAUUGCAGUUGGAACACUCAACGGAAAUAUAACAGUAUUUGAUGUUAAAACUACAACUCAAAUAGCAUCCAUAGAAGGUAGAAAUGAUUUAGGUAGCGGCAGAUCGGCAAUCGAUCUAAUAACAUCAAAAAAGAACAAGGAGACAAAGUGUUUUAAGUCAAUUGAGUAUUCUGCUGAUGGCGAGUGCAUUCUGGCUGGUGGAAAAUCACAAUUUGUUUGUAUUUAUCACGUAAUGGAAGGAAUGCUGUUGAAGAAGUUUGCCAUAACACAAAAUAAGAGUUUUGAUAGCUUAGAUGAAUCUUUGAAUCGCCGAAAAAUGACUGAAUUUGGUAAUAUGGCACUUGUUGAAAAACGCGAAGACCUUGAAGGUGGGAAUGUAAUGAUAAGGCUGCCCGGCGUACAAAAGGGUGAUAUGGCAUCGAGACAUUUUAUGCCCGAAGUAAAUGUGUAUUGUGUUAGAUUUUCACCAACUGGACAAUCCUGGGCUGCUGCUUGCACCGAAGGAUUAAUGGUUUAUUCCUUAGAUAAAGGUGUUGUUUUCGAUCCAUUCGAUUUAUCUAUGGAAGUAACACCAAAAGCUACAGUUCAAAGUCUAAAGGAACAAGAAUAUUCAAAAGCAUUGAUAAUGUCAUUAAAGUUGAAUGAAAUAAAUUUAAUAACAUCGGUUAUUGAAGGAAUACCUUUGAGUAACGUUGAGUUGGUUUGUUCUUCCCUUCCAAACGAAUACGCUCAUCGAACACUUCAAGCGGUUACUGGAUUGUUAAGAAAAUCCCCACACAUUGAAUUUUACUUACGAUGGGUGUGUUGUUUGCUGACUCAACAUGGAAACAAAGAUAAUAUUUUUCAACACCAUUCGUUAUUAGGAUUGCACGAAAGUCUCUCGAGGAAAUACGAAAUGUUAAACAAAAUGUGUGACUUUAAUAAAUACACACUGACUGUUUUAUCAAAGGUAGGAGAAAUGCGAAGAAAGUCGAGUGCUGCUAAUGGAGAGAUAUUAAGUGAAACCAAUGAUGAGGAUUUGGAUGAAAAUAUGAUUUUGUUAAGAACAAGUUCUAACUUAGAAAACAAUGAUGAUUUGUCGGAAUUUGAAGAAGAUGAAAAUAUGAGUACUGAUGAAGAUUAACUAGUUUUAAGGUAUCAAAGAUAAAUUUAUGUUUUUUCUAAUAAUAAAAGACUUGUAAAUCAAACCUAUUUUAUUUAAUAA